UAGUUAGUGGCUACCUCAGCUGAAAAUGCACCCCAUGAGCAUGAGUAAACGCGCUACAUGAAAGGGCUACCCUCGCAUCUUCUCAAUUCCUUAAAGGCUGGAUUUCAAUUCAGCAGUACAACUUAAUAUGGAUUCUAACCGAGCGGAUUCUAUUAGACCAUUCACCAGCAGUGAACCUGCGUUCACCGAGGGCGCUGGAGUAGACGGACAAAACUCACUACCUGUCGAGACCUACACUCCGAAUGUAUUUGACUUGGUGUUGCCUAUUGGUCGCGCUAGAGAUACAGUCAAACCAACAUUUCCUCCUGCUUUUCUUGAGAGCGAAGCUGUUGAUUCCUCUCUAUUUCUUGGCCGUGGUGCCUCGUUCACGGUCACACGACAGGCCAUACCGGCCGGGCCGGAGAACAUCGUGGAGCUGAUAGAUAUGGGCGGCUGGACCGUAGAAAGUGUAGUAAAGGCCCCAACGCGUCCCCGCCAUGUGGUAUACAAAUCAGCACGAGUUGCAUUUCAACCUAACGGUAAACCAGCGACACGCGACGAUAGUCGGGCUCUACAAAGCGUUCUGACGGAAUUCCACGCGUUGUUGCAUCCAGCGCUACUGAAACAUCCCAACAUUAUCGAUUUUCUCGGUCUUGCUUGGGGUACCAACCACGCAGAUCCGCUUCAUCGUCUCCCUGUUCUCGUUGUCGAGUACGGUGAUCGAGGCACUUUGGCAGAUGUUCAAUUACGCGGACCUUCAUUGACCAAUGAUUCAAAACUUGACAUAUGCCUUGGUAUCGCGCGAGGCCUGAAGGUCCUUCAUGAUAAUGGCAUAAUUCACGGGGACGUCAAGCCAGACAACAUCGUCAUGUGCUCACGUAAUGAUGGGUCCCUUGUGCCCAAGCUGGCUGACUUUGGUUUUGCUAUGAUCGAAUCUACCGAAGCGCCCGAGGUCAUGAUUGGGAGCACAAGAACCUGGCGAGCCCCUGAAGUCUCUUCCUCUAUUCCUGUCGCGAAGCUUAGGCUUACAGAUGUGUACUCCUUCGGCUUAGUGACUUGGUCACUUGCUAUCGACGGCAAAGAUCCGUUUAGUCUAUUCAUUUCUGAUAGUUUACAUGGUGAGGAGCGACUUUUAGAAAUCGACCGUCUCAAACAAGCGGACAAAGUUCUAUCUAUGUCGAAGCUAGAGGCAUGGCUUUUUGACUGGGGGUUUACAAACAAACUACAUUUAGCAACUUCCCACAUCCAGGCAGAUCCGUCGCAUUCGUCUGAGGAGGCCCAGGAUGGAACACAUGUACCAGCCAAUCCCACGGAAUAUCAAAUUCUACAGGCGCGUCUUAGGACGCUGCUGGCAUCCUUGAGGCAGCUAGGACUACCAAAAGAAAUGCUGGCUUCGGCCGUCCUGGGAUUUUACCGCCAGCAGGCUUUCUUCAAACAUCUUGAUUCGCUCUUCUCUCACACAUUGACCAAAGAUCCCGAUCAACGGGAUCUGCUAGCUGUAAUAAAGGAACUUGAAGGUCACGGUGUGGAGAUGACUAGGGGCCUCGCGACGCUGGACAUCGCAGAGUCUAGUAUCAGCGCGGACGGCUUAACCAAACAUAACUUAAAGGGUUCGGGGGAUACAAUGCUCGAAAAUAUACUGGGCACGAUCGAUUGGCAUAGAUUGGGAUUUAAGUCUCAUCUCUAUUCAUGGCAGAUGACGAAAGAUCUGGACCCGAAUGUACAGACUUUUAUCGUCAACACUCUAUUCCACCCAAAUGAUGAUACUUCUAAGCUUGCUCAAGCAGCAUAUUUCCUUAACGGAUACGGAGUUAGUUCCGACGUAGACCAGGCUUUGGAUAGUCUUGUCCAAGCGGCUCGUAGAAGGGAUUCAAUUCCCCAAGCAUUCUUGUACAGGGUGUUUAAAGCAUGCCAAAAAGACAUUCCGUCGGAAGUCCCUAUCUUACAAUAUUUGAAGUACCAUGCUCUUAGAGGGUCACGCAAGGCGAUGCUAGAUUUGAAAGAGCUAGACUCUACGGAAAUGGAAAGGACCAAGGAUCUUGUAAGGUUCGGCUAUGGCGGCGUCGGGGCCGACUGGUAUCUUGACCACCAGUGGUUUCAUGGUCUCACGCAGUCUACACUAAUGAGUAAAGAUUUUCGCCCCGAGCGCCUUGGCCCAAAGACCAACUUGGCUGAUAUCGCAGUCAAUAAACGAGGAGAUAGGAUUACUCAUGCGUCGGCAGCUGUCGGUGCCUACGGUCUGCUUAGGGAGUUAAUAACGGACUUCAAGCUCCCUGUUGACCUGCUCAACUCAAAAGGGGAAACAGCUCUAUUAUGUGCAUGCCGAUCGGGACAUGCGGAAAGUGUGAAGCUUCUACUUGACAAUGGUGCCUCCGCUUCUAUUCAGUCAGCCAGCGGGGAAUCACCACUUCACUGGCUCUCGUCAUUCAAAGAUAAGGUAAAUGUGGCAGCGGUUGGAAAAGAUCUAAUUGAGAUAGGCGAAGCAAAUGUUGAUGCUUUUACGACAUGUCGUAUAUCUCAUUCCAUAUUCCCAGGUACCAUGGACGUCGAUUUUCAACCUGAAGGGACGCCAUUGUUGUGGGCCGUACAUGACAACAAACCCCGAAUCGUAUCAUUCCUCCUUUCUGCAGGGGCGGAUCCGAAUUGGCGAUUUAGCCAAAGAGACCAGUCGCCUCUCGAAUGGGCAGCAUACUACCAUCAUACCGAGUGUUUAAGGAUGAUGAUUGAGCAUCUAGAAGGGACUGGUCCUGCACCAAUGACGACCGAAGGGAAGAAAGAUGUGCGACAUACGGUGCUAUAUGGGCCACUGAUAAGGCACGCAGUCCGUGCAUCAGACAAGUUUUCCAUGAUCAUGAGAAAUGGUGCCGAUUAUCUUAAUAGUCUCAAGUCGACACUAGCUCUCCUACAAGAGAAAACGAGGCUGGUUAAAUUCAGUGUAGGAACAAAUGAGACACUAAUUCAUUAUGCUGUCAAGGAAGCGCAUGACGAAGCCUGCAAGAUAAUACUGGAGUCAGGUUGGCUAGCGGAAGAAAUAAAUAAGCCUGCAGGACCCGAAUCCCGGACCGCCCUACUAGAAAGUGUACGGUGGAACCGGCGUCCGCUCUUUCAACUCCUUGUCCAGCAUGGCGCCGAUGUCAACGCAUUGUCGGCUAGUCCUUAUGACGAAUCUGGCCGUCGUACCUGGUCCGCACUACACACAUUUGCCGACCAAGCCCAUAAUGAUGACCUAACUCUUGUAGACGAUCUUAUCACUGCCGGCGUUCCCGUGGACGGCAAUACUGCAGCUGCCCCCGAUAUCGAAACGCCGCUCCACAUCGCGGCCCGUCGCCACGCCUUCCGCCUCGCAGAUCGUCUACGCUCCCACGGCGCUAAUAUCGACGCGACAUGCCUGCGCGCCGCAUUUCUUACCGCCCCAUACCCACUCACAGGUCUAGGUUGGGCUAUCGCGCUUAACGCGCGCUACAGUUUACCCGGGCUACGGUAUCUGCUCGCGCAAUCUCCGUCUUUCGUCGUCGAACCCGAGCGUGGGCUCACUGUCUUGCAUCUAGCCGCCUGUGUGCCCGCGGACCUGAGCUAUGUCGGGGGUGGAACACUAUCGAGAGUUGAUUUCGAUUGGGAUACGCAUCUGCUGCUUGUCCGCGAGUUACUGGAUUGGUUCCAGGGUCCGGAGAAGCUGGAUGCACGGACCUUGGUGGGGGCGGGGUCGAAGACGGCGUUGCAUCUUGCGGCUGAGUACGGGAAUGUGGGGGUGGUGAAGGAACUUGUGCGUGCGAAGGCGGAUCUGUUGGUUAGAUGUGAGGCUGGGGAGACGGCGCUGGAUAUUGCGAAGAGGGUGUGGGGUGGGAAGGGGGGUGAGGUGGUUUGGGGGGAGUUGUUGGGUUGGUUGGAAUAGGGGUUGCGAGUGGUUGGUUUUCACGAUGAAAUACUGAAAAUAGCGCCAUUUUCCUUAAUGUUAACCUCAAAAUACUUUACACGUAUAUGACAGUUACGACAUAAGAACCUACCUGUAAGGCUACCCAGGGCUUUGUCUUGCAAGCUCUCUGGAUGAGUUGAUACUACCUACCUAUAGUACAC